AUGAGCGCCACAGAGACACCUCCUGCGCUCUCUGAGCCAGAAAGUUCAGAAUCACGAAUUGCUUCAGUCAUGUCUCCUACUAUUCCAACUACUCAGGAGGGCUCUCCAAGCCUGCCUUCAAUGCCACUUUUCGACCCCACCGUGGGUUGGCUCAGCCUGGAGCUUCUCCAUCACUACACGAUUUCAACUUGCUACACGCUCUCGCGAAGCCCAGCAGUCCAGGCAGUCUGGCGUGAUGAGGCGCCUCGAAUUGGAUUCUCUGCAGCACCGGUCAUGCACGCUCUACUGGCCCUCUCCGCGCUUCACAUCGCACGCUCCGACGAAUCCCGACGCGUCAGGUACCAAGAGCUGGCAAAGGCGCACCACAACGCCGCACUUGAGCAAAUCGUCCCCAUGGUAGCAACACUUGCUGAGAAGAACGGCGCUGCGCUAUUCAUGUUCUCUACCCUGACCUGCCUGUACUCUUGCGCCAAGCCACAGGAGGAAGAACAUUUCCUGGUUCUUUUCGAGCGUGGCAAUCUAUCCAACUGGGCCCAAUUCUUCCGCGGAACGAAGACUAUCAUCGAGAGCGGAGGUGAUGAUCUCAAGAAUGGCAAGCUCGCACCCAUCUUCCUGAAUGGAUCUUUCAUUUCUGCUGCUCAUAAGUCGCCCGAGUCGCUUGAACAGGGCACGCCCUAUGUCUGGGAAUUGAAAGAGAUGGUGCAAAAGAAGUGCUCCAAGGACCCGGGUCUACUGCGUGUCUACGGAGAGGUUCUGGAUGAGCUCGCGCGCACCUUGGCUGUCACCAUGAAGCCCGACAGCAAGGGACGACUUGAGACUGCCGAUGUCUUCCGCUGGCUACUCGACAUCCCCGACGAUUAUCUGAAUCUGCUGCUUCGGGAAGAACCCAUUGCCUUGAUCAUCUUCGCUUACUGGUGUGUGGCCAUUCGUCAGAUUGAGUGGAUGUGGUGGAUGGAAGGUCUCAGUUCGCGCCUCCUGUCACAGCUCUCCUCUGUCCUGGACACCGGGAGCCGAGUGUGGCUUUUGUGGCCCGAUCAAAUCAUCAACGCAGAUUGA